UUCCUUUCAUAGUCAUAUCCACAUAGCUAUUUAGACAUACUAUACCAUUGCGAUAGAAAGUCAUGUUCACUGGUAAAUAGGAAUUUAGCUUGUGAGGUCAACAAUGGCCUUGGCGACGGGCGCGGCUCCUAUGGACGUCAACCUUCCGUCCUUUCCUAAGAACAUUAUGCUGGAAAUAGUAUCAAAGUCCGUGGAGGGAACGUGCCUGCAUGACAGGCUCCCGCUUGCCAUGUGUCCAUGGACCGAGGACUCCCUGGCGGCUGCUCUUCAAAACGGUUCAGCUGAUACCUUCUUCCUUUAUGAAGAGGGUGGCGCGAGCCAACAGAGUGCGCGGAUCGUUGCUAGCAUCGCUCUGGUACUUAAGGACCAUGUCCUGCGGCGCUUUUGUUGCCGCGCGGAUGUCGUGGCGGCAUUGGAGGAAUUCAAGUGCACCAUGCUAGUAUGCGGCAGCUUUGCCGUUAACGAGGACGGCAGCAUGGUGACUUGGACACUUUCCCACAGCAAGGCGUGCCGUGUGGCAGGAACAGAGCAGUCCGGAUAUGACGGGCUCACCCGGGUACAGGCGGACAACCUGGCGGCAAGGGCAGCGCCUUCCACCCUCACCAAUGCAACGGGGGUCACAGCAGGAACGGAGGCGACCCGCUCAAAAAGUGCCACGAUGACAUUUGGCAAAUUGGAGACGGCCGUGUCUGGGCUAUUGGACCCAGCUGUGACCCAAUCGCAGCGCAUCCAGUAUUGCAAAGCAAUUGACGCUGAGUGCAGGA